UUCUUCCCACUGUAAAUAUGUACAAUGUAGGAUAAAUAUUUCGCAUACGCAGGGGACAGGCCGGUCUCCCAUCCGUAUCAUUAUUUUUAUUUGAAUUUUUCUCCCAAACCCUUGGAGUCUCUGCAAAUCAUAGAAGAGAUGCAGGAAAACCCAGUUGAUUCCACCAAGCGACAGCCUUCAACCAGGAAUCGUGUGAUCAAACCGCGGCAUUCUCGAGAUCGUUCUGAUCGGUCAGGUUCCUUUCCAAAUGAUAAUGGAGAAAAGGAUGGAUCUAUUUCCAACAUGGCAUCCUUUGAUCGUGUUGGUCUUUCAGUGACAAACAUUAGCAGCAGCAACAAUGCUGAAUCUCUGAGUACUGGAAUCGUCACAGUACAAGGAUGUAGUAACAGUGAAGUGGCCAAGAUGUUAAAUGAUCGCUGGGCUGCUGUAAUGCAUUCUUACAAUGAUCCCUCACUGGAUGCAGCAGAGAAACCAGUUGUUUACUCUAGUUCUGGAGGAGGGCCAGGUUGGGGAUCUUCAAAGCUUGCUUACCAAUCAUCUGUUACGGAUUUCAUGGCAGAGAUGUCACAAGCAAUACGCAGGGCAAAUAUUAAUCAAGUCAAUGCAAGUAGUCUUCCAAAGUAGAGAGAUUAGUCAUAGAGUAAUUAUUAAUAAAAAUGUACUUCGUUGCAAGUUGAUUAAUAUGUGAAUAGGAGGAUUAAGAGUUAGUGGGGUAAGAUAACUAUCAAAGUAAGAUUAUGGUAAUGCAUACACACAGAAUUUUCUAUAAUUUGUUAUUAAAUCUGAUUGCAAAACGAGACUGCAUAUUACUGAAUUCUUGAGGAAAUUAUUAGAUUUAUUUUUGUUUUAAUUCA